AAACAUUGCUGGCGUUGUAUUUAGAUCUAAAUCGAAAUCAUGUUACUACUCAUUGAGUUUUGAAGAUGAUGAGAUUCCUCUUGUCUCCCUCUACCUGUAAUAUAUAUUCAGUAGAUGCCAACCGAUGGAUGGCAAAUUUCUAGACUCUCUUAAUUCUCCGAGUGGAAAAAGAUGGCCCUAUCUCCUCUCAACCAAAAAUCCCAUUCCCAUGCUCGCUCCAAUAGCUUGCCAUCCAGACCACACCCUCUCAUUCUACAAUGCAAUGAGCAUUUGUGCAGAUUUGAGGCUUCUGAUGCGGCCUCUUCUUCGUCAUCAUCACUAAGCUGCAAACUAAUUGGCCUUCAGGAUUUGCAUGAUUCUGUUGAAAGGUUGCUUCAGUUGCCCCAAAUGCAACACGCCUUUGUCCAAAGGUGUCAUGAAAGAUGGGUAGAAGAGCUUUUGGAUGGAUCUCUCAGGCUCUUGGACAUGUGUAGCGCAGCCAAGGAUGCCUUGAUACAUACAAAAGAAUGCGCACGUGAACUCCAAUCAAUUAUGCGCAGAAGAACAGGAGGUGACAUGGGGCUCGAAAGGGAGGUUAGGAAAUUCUUGACCUCUAGGAAGGUUGUCAAAAAGGCAAUCCAGAAGGCCCUAAAGGGUAUCGAAGGUAAGCAUGCUGACAAAAACCAUGAGACUCUGCCCUUGGUUAGCACAUUGAGAGAAAUAGAAACAGUCACUCUCACUGUGUUUGAAUCCUUGUUGUCCUAUAUUGCCGGGCCAAAGUUGCAAUCAAAACUAAGCAGCUGGUCCUUGGUUUCUAAGAUGGUGCUCACCAAAAGAGUAGCAGCAAGUGAAAAGGAAGAAACAGAUACAUCUGAAUUUGAGAAGGUGGAUGCUGCAUUACACUCCCUUAUUAGUCACCACACAAGCAAAUCAGAUUACAUCACGCACAUUGAGAAUGUGCAUAACUUGCUGAGGAAAUUGGAGCCAAUUUUUCAAGAUCUUGAAGAGGGACUUGAGUGCCUGUUUAGGCGCCUAAUCAAAACCAGAGUUUCUCUUCUCAACAUCUUGAACCACUAUUUGGUGGGUGAUCAGUUGAAGUUCUGGAAUCAGAAGCUAUAUCAAGCAGAGUUUGCCUACAAUAGAUUUCAGGCUUCUGAUGCGGCCUCUUCUUCGUCAUCAUCACUAAGCUGCAAACUAAUUGGCCUUCAGGAUUUGCAUGAUUCUGUUGAAAGGUUGCUUCAAUUGCCCCAAAUGCAACGUGCCUUUGUCCAAAGGUGUCAUAAAAGAUGGGUAGAAGAGCUUUUGGAUGGAUCUCUCAGGCUCUUGGACAUGUGUAGUGCAGCCAAGGAUGCAUUGAUACAUACAAAAGAAUGCGCACGCGAACUCCAAUCAAUUAUGCGCAGAAGGUCAGGAGGUGACAUGGGGCUCGAAAGGGAGGUUAGGAAAUUCUUGACCUCUAGGAAGGUUGUUAAAAAGGCAAUCCAGAAGGCCCUAAAGGGCAUGGAAGGCAAGCAUGCUGACAAAAAUCAUGAGACUCUGCCCAUGAUGGCCUCGUCUCCUCUCAACAAAAAAUCCCAUCACCAUGCUCGCUCCAAUAGCUUGCCAGCCAGACCACACCCUCUCAUUCUACAAUGCAAUGAGCAUUUAUGCAGAUUGGAGGCUUCUCAUGCACCCUCUUCAUCAUCAUCAUCAUCAUUAAGCUGCAAACUAAUUGGCCUUCAGGAUUUGCACGAUUGUGUUGAAAAGUUGCUUCAGUUACCCCAAAUGCAACACGCCUUUGUCCAAAGGUGUCAUGAAAGAUGGGUAGAAGAGCUUUUGGAUGGAUCUCUCAGGCUCCUGGACAUGUGUAGUUCAGCCAAGGAUGCCUUGAUACAUACAAAAGAAUGCGCACGCGAACUCCAAUCAAUUAUGCGCAGAAGAUCAGGAGGUGACAUGGGGCUCGAAAGGGAGGUUAGGAAAUUCUUGACCUCCAGGAAGGUUGUCAAAAAGGCAAUCCAGAAGGCCCUAAAGGGAAUUGAAGGCAAGCAUGUUGAGAAAAACCAUGAGACUCUACCCAUGGUUAGCACAUUGAGAGAAAUAGAAACAUUCACUCUCACUGUGUUUGAAUCCAUGUUGUCCUAUAUUGCGGGGCCAAAGUUGCAAUCAAAACUAAGCAGCUGGUCCUUGGUUUCUAAGUUGGUGCUCCCCAAAAGAGUAGCAGCGGGUGAGAAUGAAGAAACAGAUACAUCUGACUUUGAGAAGGUGGAUGUUGCAUUACACUCCCUUAUUAGUCCCAACACAAGCAAAUCAGAUUACAGCACGCACGUUGAGAAUGUGCAUAACUUGCUGGGGAAAUUGGAGCCAAUUUUUCAAGAUCUUGAAGAGGGACUUGAGUGCCUGUUUAGGCGCCUAAUCAAAACCAGAGUUUCUCUUCUCAACAUCUUGAACCACUAG